GCGCAGCAUGUCGUACAAUACAGCAGAGCUGACGUUUUUCCUUCUCUAUUUUUGUUCAUUUCAUCUGGUAUUGGAAGUACAGUCAGGUUGAAGCACCACGAGGAAAAAGGUUGUUGUUGUGGCCGCGCUGUGACUUGGGCUGCAACAAACGUGCAAGAAACGUGUUUGCUGUAACAGGAGCCAGAACAUGACUUGAUGUGUCGCAAAGUAAUAUCCACAAUGGCAACGUACGACGCAGAAGCGUGCCCUCCGAAAGGACAUUCUGUGGUGAUGGAAGUGAGCCCGGACAUCCACAUCUGUGGAUUCUGCAAGCAGCAGUACAACAAUUUCGAACUGUUUCUGGCCCACAAGCAGAGUGGAUGUUCACUACCGACGCGUGACACCUCAGCCGUGGCUGCAGCAGUUUCGUCGCUGCCAGGCACCAGCAUAGAGGUGGUUUUAGAGAAAACCUUCCAGACGUGUGUUCUGAGAGGCGUUAAGAAGAUCCUAACCAAACCGCAGAGGACCAAAAAGCUAAAGAGCGCACUGACAUCCAAGAGGCACAGCUGUUGUUUCUCGGGCUGCACCUUUAAGACACAGUAUGGCCAAAAAGACAUGGAGCGACAUCUUAAAACCCACACUGGCGAGAAGCCGUUCGAGUGCGAGCUCUGCCACAAGCGCUUCAGCCGACGGGACAAGCUCAACAUGCAUAGCCGCUCGCACACAGGCGAGAAGCCUCACAAGUGCAAACUGUGCCCGUAUGCGGCGGCCGACAGCAGCAGCCUGAAGAAGCACCUGCGAGUCCACUACGACGAGCGGCCCUUCAAGUGCCAGAUCUGUCCCUACGCCAGCCGUAACUCCAGCCAGCUCACCGUGCACCUCCGCUCACACACCGGAGAUGCACCCUUCCAGUGUCAGCAGUGUGACGCAAAGUUCAAGAUCAACUCCGACUUGAAGAGACACAUUCGUGUCCACUCGGGGGAGAAGCCUUACAAGUGUGACCUGUGCGAGUACCGCUGCGCCAUGAAAGGUAACCUCAAGUCUCACGUUCAGAUCAAACACGGCACAGAGAACGCCUUCCACUGUGCCCAUUGCGAGUUCACAUGCGCCAACAAGAUGGCGCUGCGGCAGCACUCGCGCCAGCACCGGCCUGUUCAGCCCAUUCAGUGCCCAAAGUGCACAUACUCCUGCGCCAGUCGCGGGGCACUCAAAGUCCACGAGAGGAUCCACUCGGAGGAGCGUCCUUUUAAGUGUGACUCUUGCAGCUAUGCCUCCAAGCAGCGCAGCAACCUGGUCAUCCACAAGAAGAGGUUCCACUCAGACACGCCAGAGAAGAGCGGUGGGAAAAGGGCUGGCGUUGACUCCCCGAAAUCUGACAGCUCUCGUUACCGGGCCAAGCUGGACGCCGCUCGAGCCUUCAGCUGCGGCUCGUGCGGCGCUUCGUUUGUGAGGGAAGACUCGCUGAGGAGUCACAAGAAGCAACACAGAGAGACCCAGAAUCCACUGCAAGUCCAAGUGACCACCCCCCUUCCCCAUGUAAUGUCACCGCACGACAGCACCCAGUUGGAAGUCCCGGUCCAGGUUGACUCGUUGGCCCCUUACAAUAGCACACAGCUCAAAAUUAUCGUAUCUUCUGCAGAGAGCCCCAACAAAAUGGUUCUGUUGAAUCCCGAACACCAGGACAUCAUGGUGAACUCCAUGAUCCAGCAAGUCAAUCUGCUGGCACCUGUGCAGCCACCCGGGUUGUCCCAAAGCACAGAGGCCACGUUUGUACCCCAGACGGUCCUCUUGACACCGCUCCACUCCGCUGACGACACCAACAGCCCUCUGCACCAGACGCUGGUCCACCCGGCAAUGGCCGCUCAGGACUCUGGCGUCGUCCCUCAAACGUUUGUCACCACCUGCACCGAACUGGAGGACUUGAGCGCCUUGGUUCAAGAGGGCGGCGCAGAGGUGACAGUCGUGACGGAAGGGAAUGCCGCCACAGUGACGUCGUUGAGUCCGACCGGACCGGCCCAGGCUGCGGGUGAGGGUGGAGGGCAGUGCCUGAGCAUGUGAGCAGCGCUGACCCGACCCGAACUUUUUAAAUGGAUUUACUGCAACAUAAGCUACUUGUUUCCAGGGAAGAACUUUUUAUGUGUCUGGUGUUCACUUUACUCAUUGACUUGCGACGACGCUAGAUUUAAAAUGAUCCUUUUUCAUUUUUAGAUUUUAGAAUACCUAAUUGAUGAUAUGGUGCUGUAAAAAUAGAACAUUCGGACUAAUGUACAGUCAUAAGCAGAGGUGGGGAACAUGCGCCACAUAAGGCAUUUGAGUACGGAAAGCAGUUAUUCAUUAUUCUUGAUAUCCAUCUUAAGGUCCAUGUACUAGCAUGCGCUUUGUCCUCACUAAGACAUUUGAUAUGUACAGUAUUCUGUAUGACAUUACUUCACACUAGUAGGACAAUUUUGGCCUACUACUAGUUAGUACGACUCCAUGCUGCUAGUGAGGCAAAGCUAGUUGAUAUCUGCACAAUAUUAGUACAAUGAGUGAAGUGCUAGAUGUUAGCGAGUACAGUUUUGUCACUAGUAUUACUAGUAGCGCACAGUUAACUAGUGCACUGUUUUGCCUUAAUCGUAACAUAUAGUUGUCCUACUAGUAAGCCUGUUAAAGAUAGAUGAUCGAGAAACAAACCUGUGUCCCCUAUAAAAAUGGUAGAACUGUGACAAGCCCUUCCAACACCCAGAGUUUGUCCCCAAUCCAGAUUGAGCCAUGCAAGCUCACAGUGCUACCAAACUUAAUGAUGAUUAUUAUUUUCAUUUUUUUAUGUUAAUUGAAAACAAAACAUAAGCCUGGAUUGAAGAUACAUUUCUUCAGCAAGCCUUCUCCAACUGUGUGUCAUGACUACUUUUUCCAGUGACAUCAUUUGACCAGAGUGAACAAAACUGUGGCUACCGCUAAUGCUACGUCCGUCAACUCCAUGAGGAGAAUGGAGCAGAGGAGAGGAAGAAACACACGACUAAUAACAUAACUGAGAUUGUGGACCUUCCAAGCUUAUUGACGUCAGCAGUAUGGAAGCGCUUCGGCUUCCCGUAGGCGACAAUACCCAGACCGUUUGCCAUAAGUGCUUCAAAAAAUGUCCCCAAGUCAUGGGCAACAUGUCGAACAUGUUAAUGCAACUUAAAAGACACCAUGCCGAAAUAAUUUAAGUAUGUCAGAGAACAAAACAUAGGCUCUACUCUUGACAAAUUGAUUAAUUAUAUGCAGGUGCUGUAUAUACUAUAUUAAUUCAUUUACAAUAUCCAUCCAUCCAUUUUCUGUACCGCUUUACCAAAUAGCUUCAGGCGAGAGGCGGGGUACACCCUGAACUGGUCGCCACCCAAUCGUCGGGCACAUAUAAACAAACAACUAUUCGCGCACACAUUCACACCUCAGGGCAAUUUAGAGUUUCCAACCAAUAUAUAUAUUAAAAUUUAAAAAGUCUAAUCGUGUAUCAAACCAUGGGAUGGAAAUCGAGAUACAAAUAGAAUCUUAACUCUGGUUUAUCGUAAGUCCUACCUACUAGUAUACGAAAGUUGCCCUACGAGUGAGGACAAAGAACCUACUACAGUGGAGCAAAAAGCCGCUAAGUAGUUUGAGCGUUCCUUCAAAAUCGUUGAUACUCACCUGAAGUUGCAUGUACUAGUGCGCUCUUUGUCCUCAUUAGUAAGACUAUUCAAAGCACUACUAGAACGACUAGUGUGUAUUAGUAGAACAACUGUGUCUUAGUAGUAAUACUUUCCCCCCGCAUCCCUUUCCACAACUGUAUGACAUUUCUACUAGUAAGACACCGAAAUGUUACUCAUGAGACAAAACUACUAGUUGGCAUUUUGGUAGUACUAGUCGGGUGCAGGUGAUUAGUGUGUGACACAUGCCUACGAGGUGGGCCUAGUAGUGUUACUAGUGUAGCACAGCAGUUUACUAAUACGGUUUCAUUGCGGACUAGCAACCCAAAAGUGGCACUGCAGUAGA